AUGUCAGAAGUAAACGAAAGUGAAUGUGAAGAAUUCUUGAACAUUAUUAAGAUGUCUUUGGAGGAAGAUAAAAGUCAUAUUCAUGUUGUUGUGAUCAUCGGAGCUUCUGGUGAUUUGGCAAAGAAAAAAACUUAUCCGACUUUAUGGUGGUUGUUCCGUGACGGUCUGCUGCCCCCUCGAACUUACUUCGUUGGGUUUGCACGAUCUGAUAUUGGUACCCAGGACAUAAGAGCAGGAAGUGAGAAAUUUGCCAAGCUCUCAUCAUCUCCGUGUCAAAAAUAUGAAGAAUUUUGGAACUGUAAUUUUUACAUGAGAGGAGAUUAUACGAAUCCAAAAACAUUUGAAUUACUAAAUAAGUUUAUAGAGUCUAAGUGGGGACAAUCUGUUAAUCACAUAUUUUAUUACGCUAUACCACCAUCAGUUUAUAAACCUGUUUCAUCAUCUAUCAAAGAAUAUUGUACUAACAAAAACCCUGAUACGUGGACUCGAUUGAUCAUUGAAAAACCAUUUGGACGAGAUUUAGAGUCAUUUAAUGAAUUGAAUUCUGAAUUAACUAAACUGUUUACAGAAGAACAGAUUUAUCGAAUCGACCAUUAUUUGGGCAAAGAGAUGGUUCAAAAUCUAUUAAUUUUACGAUUCUGUAAUCAGGUCUUCAGUCCACUGUGGAAUCGUGAAAAUAUUGAUAAUAUUACAAUAUCAUUUAAGGAACCAUUUGGAACCGAAGGACGCGGUGGAUAUUUUGAUCAAUUCGGAAUUAUUCGCGAUGUUGUUCAAAAUCAUCUUAUUCAAAUUCUUUCAUUGGUAGCAAUGGAAAAACCUAUUUCAGUCAAUGCAGAUGAUAUACGUGAUGAGAAGGUUCGUGUGCUUCGAAGCAUUGAACCUCUAACAAUAGACGACAUUGUAAUUGGACAAUACAUUGCAGAUCCGAAUGCAACAAAUCCACCUGCUUCGUUAUCUUACACUGAUGAUCCGUCAGUUCCUAAAGAUUCCAUAACACCUACUUAUGUAUGUGCUGUGUUAUAUGUGAAAAAUGAUCGUUGGAAGGGUGUUCCAUUUAUUCUCCGGGCAGGGAAAGCACUAAAUGAACGUAAAGCAGAAGUUAGAGUUCAAUUUAAAGAACCUCAUAUUCAUCUUUUCGGUUCAAAAGAAGGUCUACCACGUAAUGAAUUAGUUAUACGUGUACAACCGGACGAAGCAGUUUAUAUUAAAUUGAAUGUGAAAUCUCCUGGUAUGAAAUUUCAAACAGAAGAAACUGAAUUAGACUUAACUUAUGCUCAGCGAUAUAAAGCCAUCAAACUACCCGACGCUUACGAACGAUUGAUUCUCGAUGUAUUCUGUGGAGUUCAGACUAAUUUUGUACGUUCAGAUGAACUACGCGAAGCUUGGCGUAUUUUAACACCGGUAUUAAAACACUUGGAAGAAAAUAAAGUCAGUCCAUAUCCGUACAUUUAUGGGAGUCGUAAUGGCCCGAAAGAAGCAGAUAUUUUGUGUAAAAAAGCAGGUUUUCAAUACUCUGGUACAUAUGUUUGGAAAUCAGGUUAA